UGUAGCCGCCGCCGCCGCUCCUCAGCGCCGGGCCCAAGCGCUGCGCGGCCGCUGCUCGCCGGCUGCGCCCCGCCAUGCAGGACUACGAGGGGGUCACCGCCUUCCUGGGCGAGUGGGGCCCCUUCCAGCGCCUCAUCUUCUUCCUGCUCAGCGCCAGCAUCGUCCCCAAUGGCUUCACCGGGCUCUCCAUCGUCUUCCUGGCCGGCGCCCCCGAGCACCGCUGCCGGGUGCCCCCCAGCGCCAACCUGAGCCGCGAGUGGCUCAACGCCAGCAUCCCCCGCCAGGUGCAGGGCGGCCGGGAGGGGCCCAGCAGGUGCCGCCGCUACCGCCUGGAGUCGCUGGCCAAUUUCUCCGCGCUGGGGCUGCAGCCCGGCAGGGAUGUGGAUCUGAGUCAGCUGGAGCUGGAGAAGUGCCUGGACGGCUGGGAGUACAGCCGGGAGCUCUACCUCUCCACCAUCGUCACCGAGUGGCUACUAAACUGCCAGCUCUCCUGGCAAGUUCCCAGCACAGAAAACUGUUUCUUCUGUAACCCUCUCGUUUUUGUCUUUGUCCACCAAAGGUUUGGCAGGAAGAAAGUUCUGUUUGCGACCAUGGGGGUGCAAACCGGCUUCAGCUUCCUGCAGGUCUUCUCUACCAGCUGGGAGAUGUUUUCAGUGCUCUUUGUCAUCGUCGGCAUGGGACAGAUCUCUAACUAUGUGGCAGCCUUUGUACUUGGCACAGAAAUUCUUGGCAAAACAGUUCGUAUUAUAUUCUGCACGUUAGGCGUUUGCAUAUUUUACGCAAUUGGCUACAUGUUGCUGCCACUGUUUGCUUACUUCAUCAGAGACUGGCGGAUGCUGCUUCUGGCUCUUACUUUACCUGGGCUGCUUUGCAUUCCACUGUGGUGGGUCGUUCCAGAAUCUCCCCGGUGGCUGAUCUCUCAAGGAAGAGUACAAGAGGCAGAAAUCAUCAUCCGAAAGGCUGCAAAAACAAAUGGUAUUACAGCCCCAGAUGUAAUAUUUGACCCUAUGGAGCUGCAGGAAAUGACUUCCCAGAAGCAGCAGACGCACACCAUUUUGGACCUAGUGAGGACAAAAAAUAUUCGACUUGUCACUAUUAUGUCAGUGAUUAUUUGGAUGAUAAUCUCUGUAGGCUAUUUUGGCCUCUCACUUGACACUCCUAACUUGCAUGGUGAUGCCUACGUAAACUGCUUCCUCUCAGCGGUUAUCGAAGUUCCAGCCUAUAUUAUAGCCUGGGUGCUUCUCCGAAAUCUCCCGCGACGAUAUUCGAUGGCUGCUGCAUUAUUCUUGGGAGGCUGCGUCCUUCUCUUCAUUCAGCUGGUCCCUCCACACCUUCACAUCCUGUCCAUUAUCUUGGUGAUGCUGGGUAAAUUUGGGAUCACAUCUUCCUUUUCAAUGGUUUACGUUUACACUGCUGAGCUGUACCCAACAGUCGUGAGGAAUAUGGGAGUUGGAGCCAGUUCCAUGGCCUCCAGAUUGGGCAGCAUCCUCUCACCUUAUUUUGUUUACCUUGGUGCCUAUGACAGAUUCCUGCCUUACAUCCUCAUGGGAAGCCUGACUGUGCUGACGGGAAUCCUUACUCUGUUUCUCCCAGAAAGUUAUGGCACGCCUCUCCCAGACACCAUAGAGCAGAUGCUGCGGGUUAAAGGACUCAAGUACAGACAUACAUCUAAUAGCACAAGGGUUUCAAAGGACGAAGAAGAAAGCCCAGUGAUUCUUAAAAGCACGGCUUUUUGAUGACACUACACUGUAUACUUCAUGAUGGACUGAAAAGUAAACUGACUUUUCUUUUAAUUUUCCUUCCAGAAAGGGCUAGUAGCAACACUUUGUGUCCUGUAAUUAUAAACUUAUUUAUUAAAUGAAACACUGUUUUCAGUACGUUCUUUUUAUAUGAACGUAGAUACUGUAUAUCGCUUCGUGAGAUCUUCAUCCACAGUCGUUUAAUGUGUCAAAACCACAGAACUAUGUUGGAUAAACCCAGUUUAUAAUUUUAAGAAUUACUAUGACACUCUUGCUGUAGACCUCAAUAUCUAAAAGGUGCUUGUCACUGAGUGCUGAUGGAGUGACUUCAGUCCUUAACGAGCUUAAGAUAACUCAUGUUAACAAGAGUUAAAAAUUGCCAGCUCUUUCCAAAUUGUAAGAAAAGGCUGCCAGUGAUACUGGAUUUCUCGACAUGCACAAACACACAUAUCUGCCCGCAGGCAGGGAGCUUGUUAUAAAGUAACAAAGGUGGUGAAAAUACCUGGCUUGGCAAUUUUAUAUCAGAACAUAAAUCAUACACAGGUGGCUUUGCACAAGAUUAAUUCCUGAACAACUUCAGGGAUGAAAAAAGAAAAACUUUGACAAAUGAAUUUGAAAACUUGACUUUAUUUUAGCUGGAAAUGGAUUGAGAAGAUUUUCUUGCACAAAUCAUUUGCAAUAUUUAAGUUUUGCUAGCAAAGUAAUUCUGAUUGUUUCAAAUAUCUUUUUAAUAUGACCACCGGGUGAAGUUGUUUACAUCUGGUAUUGGGGUGUGUCCUAGUCCAGGUGCUUAUUUAUUUUUAAAACUAUAAAUAGGUUUCAUCUGUAUUUCUUUUAUCCUUUAGGAUACAGUAUGUAAGCUAAUCCUUCUAAGUCUUUUGUACAGUUUGAUUCGGGGCAUUAUGUCUAUUUUCAAAACUUUCUAUUUCCUGUUUUGUUCUUUUUUUGUCAGUUUCCUCAACAUGGAGGGCUAAAUUCCACUCUCAGGUGUACCCUGUGCACUCACAUAAAAUUGAAUGUGAGGGGGUUACAUGGGUAUAAUUAAGAUCAAUAUUUAGCCUCAAGUCCUGGCCAUAAGCUCGACUAAGAGCCAAGAAUGUCAUUUCACAUGUUCUGUUUUCUCACAAAUAUCAUGAAAUCAGUGAAAAAAUUUUUAAAGAGCAAAACCAAGAAAUCGUGUUAAAAAUCUGCCAAGAGCCAAUUCCUUUGAUUGCAGAAGCUGCCUUCGUAGCGUUUGUGUUUCUUUCGGGAAAACUUGUUUCUUUCUCAUUUGGACAAUGCUGAAAGCACAUUUCUUCACACUGGGACAGGUUUAAGCAGGGCCGGCUCCAGGCACCAGCCCACCAAGCUUGUGCUUGGGGCGGCACCUGGAGGGGGGCG